GACUCUGUGAAAAUAAGUUUAGAGGGGUUUAGCCGGUUUAUCGUCCACGUACAUAAGCAUUGUCUCCGAUCACACUGGCCUCACUGCUCUUCUCUACUCCCAUUUGUCGCCCCGUUUCAUUCAGAGUAUUUUCGUUGUUACAGUCAGCUGUAAUCAUGACUAGUGUGCCGCCUACAUUGGAAAAAGUGUUCAAGCACAUUGAUGCUAACAAAGCAAGUUACAUUCAAAAUCUUAAGGAUGCCGUCGCAAUCCAAUCGGUUUCGGCUUCGCCUGAAAAGCGAGGCGAUAUCACCACGAUGGUGAAAUACGUCGUAGCCAAGUUAGAAAAACUAGGCGUCAGCACAACUUUGCGAGAUGUCGGUACACAAACUUUGUUUGAUGGCAGGCAGAUCCCAUUGCCACCAGUUUUGCUUGGUCAGUUGGGAAAUGAUCCUAACAAAAAGACAGUCCUGAUUUACGGACAUUUGGAUGUGCAGCCAGCUUUGAAAGAAGAUGGUUGGGCCACUGACCCCUUUGUAUUAACUGAGAAAGAUGGCAAGAUGUACGGACGCGGUGCCAGUGAUGAUAAGGGGCCAGUUCUUUGCUGGAUUCAUGCUUUGGAAGCUUAUCAACAGACCAACACUGAGAUUCCAGUGAAUCUCAAAUUCGUUUUUGAAGGAAUGGAGGAGAGUGGCAGUGAAGGUUUGGAUGAUUUGCUUUCUGAGAAGGACAAGUUCUUGGCUGGUACUGAUUAUGUCUGCAUUUCUGACAACUACUGGUUGGGCACUGAUCAUCCUUGCAUUACUUAUGGCCUCAGAGGCAUCUGCUAUUUCACUAUUGAGUUGGGAGGUGCUGCCAAAGAUCUGCAUAGUGGUGUAUUUGGUGGUACUGUUCAUGAAGCUAUGGCUGAUUUGGUCUAUCUAUUCAACACUUUGGUUGACAAAGAUGGCAAAAUCCUUAUUGACAACAUCUAUAAAGAAGUAGCUGUUCUGACCCCAGAAGAGCGCAAAUUGUACGAGAAAGUUCACUUCGAUGUGCCCGCCUAUCGCUCAAGCAUCGGCACCUCCAGACUGCCACAUAAGGAGAAUAAAGUAGAACUACUCAUGCACCGCUGGAGGCAGCCAUCGUUGUCGAUUCAUGGUGUAGAAGGUGCAUUUUAUGAACCGGGACAGAAAACUGUCAUUCCUGGUAACGUAAUUGGAAAAUUCUCAAUUCGCAUUGUACCAAACCAGAAGCCUGAACAAAUUGCCAAAUACGUAGUCGCGCAUUUAGAGAAGAAAUGGGCCGAAAGAGGUUCUCCUAAUACAAUGAAGGCUCAAAUGGUUCAUGGAGGGAAACCAUGGACAGAGGACCCGAAUCAUCCCCACUACGUAGCAGCGCAGAAGGCCACCAAAUAUGUCUACAAAGUAGAUCCGGAUUUAAUUCGCGAAGGUGGUUCCAUUCCCGUCACGCUAACUUUCCAGGAGGCUACCGGAAAGAACGUUUUGUUGUUGCCAAUUGGUUGCGGUGACGACGGCGCGCAUUCACAAAACGAAAAACUGGACGUUAGGAAUUAUAUCGAAGGAACCAAACUGUUGGGGGCGUAUUUAUAUGAAGUUGCACAACUGGACAAGCAAUAAAUUUGUCUGGAUUAAAAUUUCGACUAUUUUGAUUACAAUAAAUUGCAUUGUUUUUUUA